UCUCUCUUGAUUUCUUCUCUCUCUCUCGAUCGAUCUCGACGCACGCACCCUGUUCUUGCAAGUGCGCCAGCCAAUCAACCACCUCGGUUUCUUUCCUCGUCUGUAAGGUCAAGCUCGCCGGAGUGACGAAGGAUGAGCUGCUGUUCCUCCACUUGCGCCGUCUCCAUUUCGAGAGGAUGAAGACGGGAUGCGGUGCAGGGAAGGAGAUCGAGCCUAAUUAAGGCCACGCCGCCAUUGGUGGUGGGUGACCGGGUGAGCACGACGUAACCUCCUCCGGUUCUUGCCUGGGUUGCACGGCAUCGGCGUCGGCGUCGAGAUCGGAGGGCCGGCCGGCGCCGCCAUGAGCCACUACACGAUGCAUGCGACCAUCCACUACACUGCCCUGCCGCCCACGUCGCCGCUGCAGCUCCCGCUUCCCUACCUCCCGCCUCCGCCUCCGCCGCCGUCGCUGCAGCCUCCGCCGCCGCCGUUGCUGGUGCCGCCGCCGGUGUCGUUUGACUCGACGUUCCAGAGCAGGAUCAGCCCUAGCAUCCUGCUCAUCAUCUUGAUCUUGGCUGUUAUCUUCUUUGUCUCCGGGCUGCUGCAUCUCCUCGUCCGGUUCAUCCUCCGCCCCGCGCCGCGUGACCCCGGCGACGCCGACAGCGGUGACGCCAACGUGACGGCCUUCCAGGGCCAGCUCCAGCAGCUGUUCCACCUCCACGACGCCGGCGUGGACCAGUCUUUCAUCGACACGCUGCCGGUGUUCCUGUACGGCGCCGUCGUCGGCGCCGGCAGGAAGGACCCGUUCGACUGCGCGGUCUGCCUCUGUGAGUUCGCCGACGACGACCGUCUCCGGCUCCUCCCCAAGUGCAGCCACGCCUUCCACGUCGACUGCAUCGACACGUGGCUGCUGUCGCACUCCACCUGCCCGCUCUGCCGCCGCAGCCUCCUCGCCGACUUCUCCCCCUACGGCGGCGGCUGCAGCCCGCUGCUGUUCGUGCUCGAGUCCGGCUCGGAGGGCUCCGUCUCUGAUCGCCUCGACGCGGCGUCGUCGGCUCAUCUCAGCCUCGUCAUGGAGCAAGAAGAAGCAGAGCCGGAACAGAAGCAUGCAGAGGUGGCGGACAAGGCAGACGAGGUGGUCGUCUCCGUCAAGCUCGGCAAGUUCAGGAGCCAGGCCACUGAAGCAGGCGGCAUCGGCGGCGGUGGCAGCUGCAGCGCCGCCGCCAACCCCGAGCAGGACGUGAGGCGUUGCUACUCCAUGGGAACGUACGAGUACGUCAUGGACGAGAGCUCUCUACUCCGCGUCGCCGUGAAGCCGCCGGCCAAGAAGCGGCCGACGACGCAGAUGCCGGGGCACCGCGUCGCGAUGUCCGAGUGCGACUGCCACUCCAAGCGGGAGAGCUUCCGCGGCUUCGACGCGCAGCCCAAGCUCGUGCAGCCGAAGCCGCCCAAGGUGGAGAAGAAGGAGAGCUUCUCGUUCUCCAAGAUAUGGAUGCGCGGCGCGCCGCGGAGGAAGGACGGCGCCGGCGCCGGCGCGUCCUCCCGCCACGCGUCGUCGUUCCGCCUCUCCUCCGUGCUGCAGCGCGCGGCGAGCGACGUCGGGGCGCCGAAGCUGCUGCGGCCGGACGUCGUGAGCCCCGUCACCGAGUCCGAAUACAACGUGUCGGCGUGGGACAAGAGCGAGAAGAGCGGGAGCGGCAGCGUCGCGGACUGGGACGUCGAGUCCGCCACGGCGGCCGCCUCCGUCUCCGGCACCGGCACCGGGAACGGGCUCAACUCGAGGGCCGACGAGGCACCGUCGUUCGCGCGGCGGACGCUGCUGUGGAUCCGAGGCCACCUGUGAAUCAUCCAUCUCGUUCUUGUGCAUUCCAGCCAUUAGAUUGAUUCGUUCACGCGGAGAGUGAAGUGGAAUCGAAGGAAAAAAAUCACGAGAAAUUUGUGGUUGAACGAUCAGUGAAGUGAAUACACGGUAAAGAAUUUUACUAGAA